CACUCCGCCAUGUCCUCUAAUUUUGGCUUGUCUCGGACCCUGAGGAGGACCGGGAGCUUCCCCUCCGCGCGCACCGUCCGCAUCGUCAUCCUGGGGCAGAGCGCAGUGGGCAAGACAGCCCUGGCUGUGCGCUUCAUCACCAGGAGGUUCAUCGGGGAGUACGACCCGACCCUGGAGACCAUCUACAGACACGAGCUGCCUAUUGGAGGUGAAGCUGUGAACUUUGAGAUCCUUGAUACUGCAGGACAGGAGGAAGACGCGCUGCUGAUGGAGGAGAAGAUUAAAUGGGCCGACGGCUUCCUGGUCGUUUACUCCGUCACCGAUCGCUGCAGCUUCGACGAAGUCAUGCGCCUGUGCUUCCUGGUGAACCACAUCCACAGCAGAAGAAACUGUCCUGAUCCUCCGCCGGUCAUCAUCGUGGCCAACAAGAAAGACCUGGAGUUUGACCGGAUGGUGUCGGGUGAGGAGGGCGAGAGUCUGUCGCACGCCCUCAAGCUUCCUCUGCGUGAAAUUUCCGUCCGGGACGGCUGGGAGGAAACGGCCAGCGUCUUCCAGGCGCUCUACGCAGACAUACUGCAGCAGAUGGACAAAUCGCCUCCAUCCUUCAGAAGACGCGGCGUCUCCAGACUGAUGGAGAGAAUCCCCAGGAUUCACUCCAACGCCACUCUGGGAUCCACAGGACGCAGUUUCAGCUUCAGCUCAUUCAGAGACCUGCUGCCCGACUGAGGAGCGUGAAGCUGGGAGACGCCGCUCAGUAGUCAUCUCUUUCAGAACAUUUCAGUGAGUAAAAUGUGUUUAUUCUAUACGACGUCUUUCGUUAAUGAUGGAACUGUUAGAGCAGGAUGGUCACGCGCUGGGGGAGGGGCAUCAAAGUGAAGGAAGUACACAGAUGUUUAUUGAACUGGAACCUCCUAAUAGAUGUUUAUCAGAAAACGGGACGGGACGUAGCCAGAAACGCAUCCUUUGUUUAUGGCUUGUUUUAACUUCUGCCUUUGAGGAACAUCUCUCUCUCUCUCUACUGGGAGCUCCAGCACAUGGUCCUGCUCGUUGCAGCUUCCCGAGUGAUCCGGAUCUUCUGAGUAGUUUAGGUUCAAUAGGAAACUCCUUAAAACCUGGUUUGGGAGACGUGUGUUUGUGUGUG